AUGCAGAUGAGGACGUUUGGGAAGCGAGGUCGGCCAAGUCGUAAAAGCCUGGGCGUUUUGGCGGCACCAAGUCUGUUUGCCUUGGAAGUUUCGACUGAGAGACCUAUUAAGGAAAAUAGUAAGUCAAGUAAUAGUCGAAGACGAAGUGUGGGCUGGGAAGGAAAUGAAGAUAGUGGCAAAGUAGAGAUAAAGAGAUUUAAAGAUUUACCAAUCGCUUACUUGGAAAAACUUGGUGAGUCUACCUUUAGUGAGAUCUUUAUUGACCGUCGAGAUAUGCGAGUUUAUAAGAUUAUGCCGAUUACCUUUAAGAAGGAGUAUAAACGAGUGCAACAUACGAAGAUGGAGUACUUUCUUAAGGAGUGUUUAGUAAUGGGUCGAAUGAACAAAUCGGUCUACUCAACGAAAAUGUUUAGCUGGAUGGUAGUAGUAGAUAGGUAUCCGGAAGAGUUAGUGGAAAAGUGUCGGAUUUGGGCGGCUGAUAAUUGGGAAUCGGCUGAGAAUUUAGUACCACAGAAGAAUAACUCGUCUGGUAUUUUUGGGAUAAUUCAAAUGGAGUAUGGGGGUAUAGAGUUAUCUAAGAUAGAUUGGGGUAGUAUUAGGUUUGAACAAGUUCAGGAGAUUAUUAGUAAAUUACGAUUGUGUGUUGAUCGCAUGGGAUCUUUAGGGGUAGAACAUAGGGACAUGCAUGAAAGUAAUGUUUUAGUUGAGUUUUUAGGAGAUAGUGGGUGUCGAGUACGUGCGAUUGAUUACUCAUUGGCCUGGGCGGACUGGGUGGGCGUAGGUUUGUUUUCAAUUGAGGUGGUUGAUGAUCUGGAAGCUGGAGUGAUUUACUAUCGGGCGGGACGGACUCUUUAUACUGAUUUAGAUACGGAAAUGCCGUGGCUCUUUGCUAAUUAUGACGAUGAUCCGCAUAGGCAGGUUUACAAGCGGAUGAAUGCUGAGUAUAGUGGUGAGAAUCGUUGGCAGCACCGAGGACACAGUAACCGAUACUGGCUUCAGUAUCUUAUAGACUGGAUAUACGAUAAGUGGCGGAAAACCACUCAGAUUUAG